AUGGGUUGUAUUUUCACCAAACCUUCUCCUGAACAACAGAAAUUUGAUGGAGAAGAUUAUGAAUGUGAAAAUAAAAAGAAUUUAAAUUUAAUUAGUUAUAUUAGAAAUUUAUUAUUUGGAAAUAAUAGUCAUCAACAACUAUACAAUGAAAUAAUACCAACAACAACCUCAACAACCUCAACAACAACAAAUUCAGUGUACCAAAAUAUUGGUCUAGAUGGAUACAAUAAUAAUAACAAUAACAAUAACAAUAAUAACAACAACAAUAAUAUAAUGAAUAAUUACGGCUAUGACGAUUAUGGUUAUAGCUAUGAAGAAGAUGAGGAUUAUUAUGAUGAAAUGCCAAUACCAACAAUAGUGGCACAACCACAACCACAACCACAACCACAACCACAACCACAACCACAACCACAACAACCAAUAAGAAUAGUAUCACAAAAUCAACAAAUACCAACAACACCACCACAACAAAUAUCACAAUUUAAUAUUACUGGAAAUAAAUCACCAUCUUCAAUAGGAAGUAGACAUAGAAGUAAACCCAAAGAAACUUUAAGAGCACAUAAAAAGAGACAUAAAGAUGGACAUAAAAUGGUUAAUGAAUAUGUUUUCGUAAGAAAAUUAGGUAAAGGUACUUUUGGAAAAGUAAAAUUAGCCUAUCAUCAUGAUACACAUCAUUUAUAUGCAAUUAAAAUUUUUAAUAAAAUUAGAUUAAAGAAACAAACAAUGGGUAUUGGUAGACCAAAUGCAUUUGAUGAUGUAUUAAAAGAGAUUGCAAUUAUGAAAAAGAUGAAUCAUAUAAAUGUUGUAAAACUUUAUGAAGUUAUCAAUGAUCCACAAGAAGAGUAUAUUUACAUUGUGAUGGAGUAUAUUGAAGGUGGUAGUAUAAUGUCUGCCAAUGAGACAUCUGAAGAUUUAGCUAGAAAAUACUUUAGAGAUAUUGUAUUUGGUCUUGAAUAUCUUCAUGAACAAAAAGUCAUUCACAAAGAUCUAAAGCCAGAGAAUCUAUUGGUCAAUAGUGAAGGUGUUGUAAAGAUCACUGAUUUCGGUGUCUCACAUAUUUUCGAUGACGAUGACGUUGUAAGAUGCUCAAGAGGAAGUCCAGCAUUCUUGGCACCCGAAUUAUGUAGAAACGAAUCUCAACCAAUCUCUGGCAAAGGAGUGGAUGUUUGGGCAUUGGGUGUUAGUUUGUAUUGUUUAAUCUUUGCAAGAACUCCAUUCAUCUCAAAAACAAACUCCCUAUUGGAUAUCUAUGAUCAAAUUGUUAAUCAUGAACCAACCUAUCCAAGAGAGAUCUCAAAUGAUCUAAUGGAUCUAUUCAAAAGAUUAUUGGAUAAAAAUCCAUUGACCAGAAUUCAAAUAGCAGAGAUUAAAUCACACAAAUGGACCACAAUCUCUGGUACAUGGCCAAUGAAUGAGUUGGACCAUUUGAUCUUAUCAGUAACUGAUCAAGAAAUGAUCGAUGCCAUUAGUACCGAUCAUACAAUUAAACCAUCCGAUAAUACUACAACUGAUGAAGAUGAUUCAGAUUUAAGUAGUAGUAGUGGUGGUGAAAGUAGUGGUAUAAUAGGUUCAAGUAAUGAAAGUAAAUCAAUGUAUAAUAAUGUAAAUAGUAAACAAAAAAUUCAAAAUCAAAAUCAAAAUCAAAAUCAAAAUCAAAAUCAAAAUCAAAAUCAAAAUCAAAAUCAAAAUCAUAAUCAAAAUCAAAAUCAAAAUCAAAAUCAAAACAAUAAUAACAAUUCAUUAAUUGAAAAAUCAAAUAUCUCAAUACCAGCAUCAUCAUCAUCGAUUAGUAAUAAUGAUAGUUGCUAUGAAAAUAGAAAUGUAUAUAUAAAAGAUGAAGAAAUGAAUAUGAUAUGUAACGACAGUGUAAUUAUGGAUCCAAUUAAAGAAUUAAACAAAAUUGAUGGAUUAAAUUAUGGUUGUGAUUUCCAAAUUGGAAAAGAAUAUUCAGAUUUUCAAUAUAACAGUGGCCAUUUUAUUUAUGAUUUGGUCGAUGAAAAUGAAUCUCAAAUAUCAAGAGAAUCUGCAAAUGAUUACUAUUUACCUUUUAAAACAAAUAAAUAUCUAAACAAUAAAUCAAUUGUUUAA